CUGCAGAGACACCGCACAGCGAAACAUGUUUGGAGACACAUAGCUCGAUCGCGCGACGGUGCAGCACCAUCAAUGCAACAACAUUUGGCAGGCGCAGACCCGGUCGGUCACCAACAACAGCGUCAUCAGACAAAGUAUACAAUACACAACCAUAAACUAGCAGGGUGUCUUGAUUUGUGGACUGCGCUUGCAACCGCGCAAGCCGCCUAAAACUAGUGUUAAAACUAGUGUCCAACUGCAGGCUGAAAACUUUCAACGGGAGUUUGUGUAGAGUGCAGAAGCCAAACACUUGUUCAAAACUCGCACUCCGGUUGCCCAGAAGGAGGCACGAAGGAGCCCACCUGAGCCCACGUUCCAGGAAUCUAUUCAAAACUCCUUGCUUCAAACUAACUAUGACAUUAAGUAGGUAACCACAAACAUGCGCUUCAAAGUAUGAUGAAGUAUGGUGCCGCUCUAGGGUAGCCCUCGACCCCCAUGACCCGCUGAAACAGCGGCGCUACCUUUAUCAUAACACGAGAUAUGAUGUCAUAUAUUCAACAUUAGCGAAGUCUGCCAACACAUGCAUUGACAGAGUCGUCGCGCAACGAAGACUAGCGGCUCACCAACAUGGGUGACCAUGGCACAGCGCCUCGCUGUGGCGACGUGCUGCAGACCAUGUGGGAGCAAACCCACCAGCAGCUGCAACUAUCGCGCGACUUGGAGGCGCAUUUACAAGAUAUGUUGAGCGCCUCUAAGCAGCUCAGCAGGGACAUUUUUGGGGCGCUGGAGCGCCUUGAAUCGCCCCAAAAACGGUUCACGUCGGCCGUCACGGCGAUGCAGCAGCCGCGCUCGCCGAAGCUGCUGCGUCUUACGCAGCGCGCUGCAUCAUUGCCAGCUGAGACCGCUGGCGUCGGCCGCGCCGCCCCGUCCAUGCAUGACUGUGGCAAGGACCGCUUAGUCAGCGAAACCGCGGCCGGCGGUGCCGGUGGCGCCACGCCCGCUCCCUUCGCGGACGAAAGCGACUGGGGCCGUGUAGCGGUGUCAGGCAACAGCGGUUGGGACGCAACGGGCGGCAGCGGCAGCCAGCAUCAGCAGCAUCAGCAGCAUCAGCAUCAGCAGGGCGGUGGCGGCCGGCUCCACCGGAGCAGCAGUGCCAUCACCAGUGCUGCAUCCUGCCCGCCGCUCGUGGCGGUGCCGUCGCCGGUGCUCAUAACGCUCUGCCAACAGGCGCCGCCGGAGCAGCAGCACGCGCCUGUCCUGUGUGGCGGCAGUGGCGGCGGUCGCAGCACCUCAACCGGUGGCGGCGGCGGGGAUGCCACGGCCGGCGGCGACGACGACAGCGUGCCCAACCAGCAACGAGACGGCCGCCGUCGCCGCCGGCUGCAGCUAGCUCGGCGCAACUCAAGCGCGGCGGCCGCUGCCGCCGUGGCCGCCGCGGCCGCCACUGCUUGCUGCCCUUCGCCGCUUGCUGACAGCGGUCGCGCGGGCAGCUACACAAGCAGCGGCCUGAGCAGUGGCCUGAGCGGCGCGAGCGGCGCCAGCGGCCUACCCGGCCUCGUGGUUGCUGGGGUUGCGGGGUCGGGUCGGCUUCAGGCUACGGGUGGCUAUGCCAUCAGCAGUGGCUGCAGCGUCACUUCACGCUUUGUUCCGAACUACACUCGCACAUCCUGGCCCAUUAUGCCGGCGUCCCCUCCGGCGGCACCGCGCGACCCCGCGACACCAGAAGCAGCUGACUUCCCGUCGUGGCAUGCGGCACCAGCGCGCACUCCACAAAGCUCUUUUCAUCACUGCUUAGACCAGCAUCAGCACCAGCAGCAGCACCAGCAGCAGCGCCAGCCACCGUCUUUCGAAUGCUUACGGAUGCUGCCGGCUGCGGCUGCUCAGGACGCGCCGGCCGCUCCACCUGUUUUCACCGCGGCCCAACAGGUGCCGCCAGCUGAUGAUGCGGCUGCUCCUGGUUUGCGGCAGCUGCUGUGGGCGCCGCCGCCGACUGCCUACCUGUAUGUUGCUGAAGCAUUGCCGCAACAGCAGCAGAGCUGCAUCCCGGCGGCGGCGUCGCCUGCUACUGCUGCCACUGCUGCAGCAGGCUUCGACGGCAGCAGCAGCAGGGACACGUGCCACGAUGUGGAGGUGGAGAGGGCUGUGACUGCGUCGGCGGCGGUGCACCGCCGGCAGCACCACCUCCCGCCGCCGCACGUGCAGCAGCAGGGCCAAGCGAUUUACUGCCGAAUUAGUGAGCCCCCCGGCGGCAGUGGCUUGCUCGUCACUCCGGCGGGCUUUUCCGGAAUUUCUCGGCCUCCUGCUGCUGCUGUUGAGGCAGCGCCCUACGCCUUCACUUCCUCAGGACCAACCGGCACAGCAGCACCAGCACCAGCCGCUACCAGCGGGGCCCGCGGCGGCGCGGGCCUGGAAGAGGCGGGCGAGCAGCAUCUGGCGCUACUGGAGUUUGGAAACAUUGGAUCCGUGGACUUUUGGAACCUGGAUCUCGAUGAUUGACGCUCACGUGCUGCUGGCUGGGAGCCUAAUGAAUGCCCUGUAGAACAGAUAGGGAUGCUUGCGUUCAUGGUAGUUGCGCACGGCCGGUCCGUGCAAGCUUACUUACAUUAGGCCUGCAAUCAUAAGGCGGGUUGUGAAGGGGCGCUGUAGCUAGAUAGCUAGUGGUGGGCUGCUGCUGCUGCUGCUGCUGCUGCUGCUGUGGGCACACAGCACGCAUGUGGGCGGGCAGCAGGUACGACAGCGCCGCGAGCGGGGACACGAGGCAUGUGUACACGCACGCGCGCGGCUACUCAACCGUCUCGUGCACGUGGCUGGGUUGCUAGGUUGCCAGAAGGAAAGCGGACAUGCUUAUUAUUUGCAUGUCUGUUGAUUGUGGGAUCCCAACACGAGGAGGGACUGAACCUGCUGGUAAGAGUUAUGGGGCGUGGGGGCUAGUUGUGGGAUGUGUGUGGCAAUUUUGUGGUACGUACGUAAGGGUGUUAUAUUCAUGUCAAUCGAAAUCUCAAUGACGUCUGUCCGAAUGCGUUCGGGGCAAGGGGCUGGAAAGAGUAAAUGCACGCUGAGCCCUUACUUGCUUGACCUGACGUGACCUUACUUUGAGAGCCGGAGUACUGAGACGUUGCAUGUUGACCUUGGCGGUUUCCUUGCUUUCCAGCAUGGCUACCGUAUCUGCAUUGUCUUUUUUCCUUUUACCUCUGUGAGAACCUCAGUGACCGAGGCUCGGCGGGUUUCCAUGUAUGUUGGCGGCUCCUUUUCGCAGCAGGCUUACUUGUGUACGAUACUGAACCCUCGCCCUCGGACCGCUGGUGCGUACGUACUGAACUCGCACGGUGCUGCUCGCUGGCCCUGUUUCGUUUCCAGGGUUGAAUUGAUUCCACGGUACGUGUCGGAGCGUUUUGGCUGACAGGAUCCAUGACUCGGAAUGACCCGUCGUACGUUGUCGUAUCGACUCUAACUAGUAAUAUUACUCCAAGCAAUCUAUUGUAGCGGGUAAGCUGCGCAUUGCAUCAUGCACAUUGAGUUCGCUCGUCCCAUUUCCACACAUGCCACGCACCCGAUCGCGAGCAAAUGUGUUCAUUUGCUUGGAAUACCGACCCGUGCCCACCGAGCGUGGUGCAGGCCAGAAGUGGCGCCAAAAGCUAGUGACCGGUGCCUGCAUGCACUAUCGCUUGGCAAGGUUGCUUGCUGCUGUACCAUGGGCGGGUGCAUGUGUAUGGUAUGACUACUCGACGCCGCUGCGGGCUGAAUGCUUUGUGCGCGCAAUAGUGUGAAGCCUUGAGUGAAGAAUUCAAGGCUAAGCGCCUCGUCCCGUGACAGGGGGGCGGCCGGGACCGCCUUGUGGUGAUGCGUGGGAGGCUGGAGUUGCUUGGCGGCGUGAACUCCUUUGUUUGCUUGGGGGUGCGGCCGCCCAUCACCGCCUCGCUCUGAACGUAUGGGACUUGCUAUUGCACCGGAAGCUAGUAUUAUUGCGGUGUGUUCCACACUUCCACUGGAAGGCCGCUAUUUACUUGCUGGCGGUUAGUUUCAAGAUUAUGGUCCUAAACAAAAAAAUGCUGCUACUGUUAUCACAUAUGGGCGGGCUGCUUACUUGCGUUGCUGCUGGCUGCGUUCUUGGAUAAUGCGAAACGCGCUCGCUGAUGAUGUAGACGUAUUGGCGGAUUGGAGCCGCAUGUUGCUUCAUCACAUGAACGCGGGGCGCGCUUGUUGAUUGUGAUAGUCUAACGGUGUGUGAUGUUGAGAGGUUGCUUGAUUGGCGUGUACGGCGUCUAUCUGAGUUUGGUGUGCGUGUGACCCUGCUUGAAUGCUUCCGUUUGUUGCAGCGAUACAUGGGUGCGUAGAUAUGUAGGUAGGUGGCGGUGGGUGGCUGUGCAGUGAAGUGUGCAUGCGUGACGCUCCGCGGCCGGCGCGCAGGUCAUGUUCUUGUGCUGUGAUUGCUUUGUCGUACGGGUGUGCGUACGUGAGUGGUAAGCGAGGCCCUUAUUAGCACAGCUGUUGCCCGCGUCGACCUCUCAACACAUACAUGUCAUCCCACGCGCGCGAUCAAUUAAAUGACUGCACGCAGAGGCCUCAAUGAGCUCCUGGUAGGUUGGUUGGUUUAUUCUACAAAACGGUUGGGUGCGUGCGUGUGUGUUGGACGUUGAUUGCUUGGGGUUAGUUAUGGUGUGUUCUUGUGUUAGUUGGAAGUGGCUGGUGUGCUUCACAAAGAGUGCCCCAUGUAUGGGGCACAUACGGUACAUGCACAGUGGGUUGUGUCAUUCGUAAUCAAGGUUACAGGGCGUGCGUGCAGCACUUUCCCGUUUCUUCAAGGUGCGCUCCGUUGAUUGCCCAGUUUCUUCAUGGUGCGUUCCGUUAAUGGUUGGGCAAUCAAGGCAGGUGCGCACGUCGUGUGAUGCGCAGGUUUGGGGUAAGCUAGCUGUUUGCGCUGCUUUUACAUGCGCAGUCGCCGCCUACCUGGUAUGGAGUUGACGGGCGGCAGGGCUGCUGAGACACGGCGUUGGCAACGCACCGAACGAAUGAAUAUCUAUCAGGCAGCAGCAUGCACCUUCUGGGAUCGCUCGCUUCUCACCUUGUCGGUGCGUGGCGCAUGGCGCGUGGUGGGGGUAACGCGACGGACGGAUGGAGGCAUGCAUGGGGCACCUUUUGUCACGCCUGCUGGCUUUGGGUGUCGGUUUCAAACAUGCAUUAUUUGACUGACUGGGCUGGAGUUUGCUUAUGAAAUAAGGUACCGCAAUGGCAUGCACGGGCACACAGCAUGUUGCAAAAGUCACGGAUCAGCGGCCUAUGUACGACCAGGCACCUGUCCGACUAUUUAUCCGAGCGUGCGUGUGUACGCGGGUGUAAGCAGCAGGAUGGAGCUGCCUGUUGCGUGUGCUUGCCUGCGCAAGACUCCAUUGCUUGGAUGGUUGGCAUAAACGCAAACUAACUGCGAGUGUAACCAGAUGUAACA